GUGGAUGAAAGUGGAGGAACCUAGCGGCCUGGAGCUGCGAUGAUGCGCGUGCUCCUCCACUCGGCUGCGCGCUGCUGGCCUUCAUUCCUCCCUCAUCAUCCUCCACACACGCGGGAGAGUUUCUCCAAAGCCAUUUUUCACAGAAACAUGUUGCAUUACCUGACGGAGGAGAGAGGCCGCCCGAACUCAUCCGAGUACCGGAUUUAUUUUAAAACCUCACAUGGGAAAUACAUUUCUCCAUUCCAUGACAUCCCACUCUACGCACCUGAUCAGCAGGAGAAGGAUGUACCAGUGAAGAAACAGAAAUGCUCAAAGAGUGAGAUUCUCUUCAAUAUGGUGGUGGAGGUUCCUCGCUGGUCCAAUGCCAAAAUGGAGAUAGCCACAAAGGAAGCGCUAAACCCCAUUAAACAGGACGUGAAGAAAGGCAAACUGCGAUAUGUGGCCAACGUUUUCCCACAUAAAGGUUACAUCUGGAACUACGGCGCUCUGCCUCAGACCUGGGAGGAUCCCAAUCACACAGAUAAAGACACCAGCUGCUGUGGAGACAACGACCCUAUAGACAUCUGCGACAUCGGCACCAAGGUGUGCUCCUCUGGUCAGGUGAUCCAGGUGAAGGUUCUUGGGAUUCUGGCUCUGAUUGAUGAAGGAGAGACAGAUUGGAAAGUCAUCGCCAUCAACACUGAUGAUCCUGAUGCUAAUAAACUUCACAGUAUCGAGGAUGUUCGUGUGAACAGACCUGGCCACCUGGAGGCGACAGUGGAUUGGUUUAGAAAAUAUAAAAUUCCUGAUGGGAAACCGGAGAACAGGUUCGCCUUUAAUGCACAGUUCAAGGAUAAGAACUUUGCAGUAGAGGUGAUUAAAUCCACACACAGCUGCUGGAAAGCUCUGGUGCAGAAACAGACGAAAUGUGGAGAGAUCGUGUGUCAGAACUCCUCGGUGUGCGGGAGCCCGUUUCAUUGCAGUGAUGCCGAUGCUGCAGCAGUCGUGAGAGCUGCUCCAGAAUAUGGAGAGGCUUUGCCACUCUCUGCAGAAGUGGAUAAAUGGCAUUUCCUGUCCCAGUGACCAAGAAAGGUUUUGGCUCCAUCCCAAAUCUCACUGAAACCACUGAUACACGAGUGCUACUGUUUAUACAGAGACAAACAAAUCAGCUUCAUUAAUGAUUGAUUAUUAUGUAAUCUUUUUACUUAUAAAUACACUGCAGUGAUUAAUAGCUCAUGUGCACUGCUGCUGUUAACCACUUUUGGUUUAAACCUGAUAUACAGAAAAUAUUUAGGUUAUUAGUAAACUUGUAUUCGGUGUAUAAUUGUGUUUUAAAAUUACUGAAAACAGAACGAAUCACAGACUUGGUGACCGGUGUGUGUGAGAAUUUAUUUAUAAGUUUUUUCCCCCAAAAUACAUGACACAAAAAGUAUUUAUUUUUCAUACACAACAAAUGUAUUAAAAGGGUAUAAUUUUGGGUGUAACCUUUUUUAAAUGUUAUUUUUACUAAAUAAAUUCACUAUAAGUGUGCUCGUUACUGUCUCUUCAUUUAUUUUUAUUUUUAAACAUAUGAUGAAUAUUGAUGAGGGCACUGGUGGCUCAGUGGUAGGGUUCUCGGCUACCACGCGGAAGGCCCGAGUUCGAUUCCCAGCCAGUGCCCAAACCCCAGCCACUGGAUGCAGUGCCGGUCCCAAGCCCAGAUAAAAAUGGGAGGGUUGCGUCAGGAAGGGCAUCCGGCGUAAAACCUGUGCCAAGUUGUUGUGAAGACCGGUCGGUCUGCUGUGGUGACCCCUCACACACGGAGCAGCCGAAAGAUCAACAACAGCAUGAUAAAUGUUGAUGUAUUAAAAGGUAAGUAAACCAUAUUUCGAGAUUUUGAUGGUAGUCAAUGAAAUAAAUGAAAAACAGCAGAAUAUUUGAAAUGCAUGAAAUAAAUAUAAAUUUUAUUAAAAACACCCACAUCUUGGCAAUCAGGAAUGAUAUAAUAAACAGCUUUCAAAUAAACUGCAUUCAGUACAUUACAUUACUUACAGUAUUCAUCCUUUAUUUUGAAGCAUACCAAACUAAUAGGAAACAAGAAAACAGGAUAGAGACAGAAUUUUUUUUUUUUAAAUCAACCCAUUUAGUGUCUACAUUAAAAAAAAAACAAAAA